AUGGAGGGCUUCCGCCGCUUCUCCUCGCGGCCCCACGGGGACCUCUGGGAGCCCCCGCCUCCUGGCGAGGAGCGCGCAUCCUCUGCGCGGCUGGGCGGGCCCGGACCGCAGACCGAGCCGAGCUUGUGCUUCUGGGCCGGGACUCCCGGCGAGGAGAGCGAGGCCGCGGCGCCCUGGGUGCACCAGCGCUGCUCGCCCACCCCGCGACGCCGCCAGCACCGGUACUCCGACUCGCCGCAGGAAAGCCGCAGCCUGACCGACGUGGCCCGGAGGCCCCCGGAGCGCGCCAGGAAGAACCAGCCCCGCAGCCGGCGCCUGGAAGAUGCCUGGCGGGAAGCAAGGACCAAGCCCCAGACUCAGGGAGGCAGCCCGCACAGCCUGGCCUGGCAGCAGCAGCCCCAGCUACAACCCCAACAGCCUCAGCCCGGCCAGCACUACCCUCCGGCCCAGGGAGAUUCGCCCCCACCUUACCCUGAGGGAGCUUACACUCCCCAGAGUGGAACUUUCCGGGUAGAAAAGGUGCAGAGCGGAGACCAUUGGGCAGUGCCGGUCUGCAGAGGUCUAGGUCGUUGGUCCCAUUCCUCAGUUCACACGGAGAAGUCUUCUGUGCCCUCCCGAGAUUUUGGGACGCAGUUGGCUAGCAUGUACAUCCAGAAAAGAGACAGCAAUGAUCCGGUGGAGUCGUUAGUCAGCCAGUACUCCCAGCCCUCAGUCUCCAGCAAGGGGUUACAGAGCCAGCACAGCCAGACACUCAAGAACAAGCUAGAAGAGGCAGUAAUGUCCUCCAGAGACCAGAAGAUUGUGGCCCUGGUGCUGACCCGGCUCAAGAAGGCCCAGAGGAUGCGGGAGCUGCAGCAGCAGGCGGCUGUAGCCUGGGAGGAGCUGAAGCGCUCGGACCAGAAGGUCCAGUUGACCCUGGAGAGGGAGCGCAAGCUGCUGCUGCAGCAGAGCCAGGAGCAAUGGCAGCAGGAGAAGGAGCAGCGCAAGGCUCACCUGAGCCGGGAGCAGCGUGUUCGGCGGCGGGACAGACAAGCGAUGAACGGCAUCCAGCAGGAGAGCGGGUGGAAGGCACAGCUGGAGGAGCAGGAGAACCAGUGCCAGGAGAAGCUGGAGAGGGCCCCCUCUGAGACCGAGAGUGAGACUGAGACAGAGCACAGGAAGCAGCUGCAGCUCCUACAGGAGCAGGAGAGGAUGCUGCAGGACCUGAGGGAGCAGAACAGCCUGCAGCUGCAGAAGAGGCUGGAGCAGGCCUGUCAGAAGAAGAAUGCGCACACCACCGAGGGCCAGAACAAGAUCCAGGAGAGCAAUCUUAGCUCCCUAGUCAAUUACCAGGCCCGGAAGGUCCUCAUGGACUGCCAGACCAAGGCUGAGGAGCUCCUGAGGAAGUUGUCCCUGGAACAGAGUUCCCAGCAGUACCAAGAGAUCCACCAAGGCCUGAUUAAGGAGCAUCACCGAGAGCUGAAGAAGGUCCAGGCGCGGAAGGAUCAGUCCCAGCAGGUCAAGUGGCGCGCGGAAGAGUCCAAGGAGCAGAGGAAGGAGCACAAGCCGCUGCUGACGGAGCUGGCGGACCAGAAGGUCCUGCAGACCAGGAGUGACGUUCACAAGAACACCAGGGACAAGGCGCAGCACAUUCGGGAGCUCAGCAUCCUGCGUGAGAAGAAUCAUCACAUCCUGAAGCUGAAAGCCGAGAAGGAGGGAAAGUGCCACAUCGAGGGCAUCAAGGAAGCCCUUAAGAAAAAGGAACAGAGGAUGCAGCAGAUCGCGCAAGAGAAAGAUGCAACCUUAGAGGGAUUCCAGAAGAUCUCCAGGGCCUCCAGGACAGACAACGUGAGAGCACUUGCCAACAGCUUCUUUGAUCGAUUGGCCCGGGAGACCCAGGUCCACGCUGGGCAGCAGAGAGAGGGCUACUGA